GAUUUCAAUGAAACAGCAGAUUGAAUGAAUGCUUGUCAUCAUAUCUGGGUGAUGGAUAAAUUCCAACAGCAGACAAGAGACACUUUCCUGGUCUGAGUAAUUUAAGCAUAAAGACAUGUUUAUGUAAGAAACCAAAAGUAGCACAGCAAAAGUACUCAUGGGUAAGAGAAAGGAAGAAAGUAUUUCAAAGCCUGGAUCCCACAAAAGACAGAGACAAGAAUGCACAGAUGAGCAUAGUGAUGAGUCUAAUGAAGAAGAUUCACAGUCAUCACCUGAUAGUAAUUUCUCUUUACUGUCGACUGUAGGGGAAGUUGGGAUAAUUGAAAGUAUCCAGCUGAAGAAUUUCAUGUGCCAUUCAAUGCUGGGGCCUUUUCAGUUCGGAUCGAAUCUCAAUUUUGUUGUUGGAAACAAUGGAAGUGGAAAAAGUUCUAUAUUAACUGCUCUGAUUGUUGGACUUGGAGGAAAAGCCACUGCAACUAACAGAGGUUCCUCAUUAAAAAUGUUUGUACGAGAUGGAGAGACCUCUGCAGAUAUUUCCAUAACACUGCGAAACCAAGGUAGAGAUGCAUUUAAACCAGAAGUGUAUGGUAGCUCCAUUAUUGUGAAUCAGCACAUUAAUCUGGAUGGAAGCAGAAGUUACAAACUGAAAAGCAAAUCUGGGACCUUAAUUUCUUCAAAGAAAGAGGAACUCAUAGGAAUACUGGAUCACUUUAAUAUACAGGUAGAUAAUCCUGUCUCGGUUUUAACCCAGGAAAUGAGUAAGCACUUUUUACAGUCUAAAAAUGAAGGUGACAAGUACAAGUUCUUCAUGAAGGCAACUCAGCUGGAACAAAUGAAAGAAGAUUAUUCAUCUAUUAUGAAAACUAAGCAAAAUACAUGUAUUCAGAUAGAACAAGGAGUAGAGCGUCUUCAAGAACUUAAGCGGUUUUAUUGUGAAAGAAAGGAACGUUACAAAAGCAUUGGGUUUGUGAAUGACAUGCGAAAUCAUCUUGAAGAUUUGAAACAUAAAAUGGCGUGGGCAGUGGUGGGUGAGAUGGAAAAAGAAAUACAACCAAUCAAAGAAGGCAUCAGAGCUGAAGAAGGAAAUACAGAGAAGUAUGUUCAGAAGCUAGAAGAAUGCCAGGUAAAAGUCAACGAAGCAGAAGAAAAGUACAAAGCAAUACAAGACAAGUUAGUAACAAUAAGUGAAGAAGCACAAGCCCUGCAUCCUCAGUGUAUUUCUUUGAAGGCUGAUGUGCAGGCAAGAAGAAAAGCACUCAAUGAAGCUGAGGCACUUUGUAAUCGUCUCAAAACUGAGUUAAAACGUCUGGGAAAAGACGACGAACAGCUACGUAAACGAAUUGAAGAACUGAAAAGCAGUAUGAUCUUUUCUAGUGCUAAUCAGGUUUCAGAGCCUGAAAAACUGGAAAGACAAAGGAAAAUCACACACUUGAGGGAACAGUUAAAGGCAUUCCAUGAUGAAGAAAUAAUGAUUGGUCAACAGGUGGAUCAGUUUCAGCAGGCUAUAUAUAAGUGUAAGGAAGAACAUGCUAGACUUAGGAGAGAAGACUGUGAUGUGAAACAAGCACUGGAUGCCAAGCAGAAACAGUUGAGAGAGCUGAAAGAUAGUAAAACAAACACCUUGAAAAGAUUUGGACCACAUGUACCAGCAUUUCUGGAAGCAGUAGAAAGAGCCUAUAGGCAAGGGCACUUCAAAUGCAAACCUGUCGGACCUUUAGGUGCUUUCAUUCAUCCAAAAGAUGCUGAACUGACCUUGGCUGUUGAGUCUUGUUUAAAGAGCCUGGUUCAGGCAUUUUGCUGUGAUAAUCACAGUGAUGAAAGAGCUCUUCAGCUACUGAUGUCAAAAUAUUACCCACAUGGAUUUAGACCUCAAAUAAUUGUAAAUAAAUUUCAGAAUAAAGUCUAUGAUGUUAGACACAGAGGAGUUUAUCAUCCAGAAUUCCCAUCAGUUCUCACAGCAUUGGAAAUAGACGAUCCAGUGGUUGCCAAUUGUUUGAUUGAUGUGAGGGGGAUAGAAACAGUCCUGCUGAUUAAAAGUAGCCGUAAAGCUCGUGAAGUAAUGCAGCUUAAUCGGCCCCCAAAAAAUUGUAGAGAAGCUUUCACUGCUGAAGGUGAUCAAGUGUUUGAAAGACGGUAUUACUCUUCUGAUUACCUCAGACCCAAGUUCCUAAGCCAAGAUGUUGAAGCAGAAAUAAGUCACUUGGAGAAAGAAAUUGAAAACAAAAAGGCACAGUUGACAGCAUCUCAGCAACAUUUAUGUUCCAUUGAAAAUGAGAUUAGGCAGAAUGAAGAUCAUCUUCAUGGUCAUCGACGACACCAAAAAGAUUUUCAGAUAAAAAUAAGAACAACAAAUGCAGAAAUAGCAGAUCUUGAAAAUAUGGAAGAACAUCAGUCAGUGGACAUCUGUACAUUAGAAGAUGAAGCUCAAGAAAAUAAGGGUAAGAUGGAAUCUGUAAAAAAAGAAAUGCAGCAGCAAAGCAAAAAAAUGGAAGAACUGAAAAACACUCUCCAAGUAGCGGAAAAAAACUUUGAAGAAAUGAAAGAAAAAAUUCAUCAAGUAGAAGAAAUUGCCGGUCCGAUUAAGGAUGAAUUAAACCAAGCUGACUCAGAAGUGGAAAACAGUAAACGCCGUUUGCAGCACUAUGAAGAGAAACAGAAAGAACACUUGGCUUGCAUAAAAAGACAUAAAGAAUUACUAACUGCCAAAGAAAAAGAAUUAGAGGAAAAAAUUGCACAAGCUAGGCAAAUCUACUCAGAGCGCAUAGAGGUCAGCAGAACUGUUAAGAGCCUUGAUGCAGAAAUGAAUCGCUUGAGAGAGAGGAUAAAUUCAGAAAAUGAUCGCCAUGGAAACAGAGAAGAAAUAGUACAGGAAUUUCAUGAUGCAAAGGAAAGAUAUGAGGAUGCAAACAGUAAAGUAAAGAAUUUAAAGAAAUUUAUUAGACUGCUGGAAGAAAUAAUGACACAGAGAUUCAAAAUAUAUCGGCAAUUCUUAAGGCUCCUUUCUUUACGAUGCAAACUCUACUUUGACUAUUUAUUACGUAUUCGAGCUUGCUCUGGAAAAAUACUUUUUGAUCACAAGAAUGAGACACUUUCAAUAACAGUUCAGCCUCGAGAGGAAGACAGAGCUGCCCUUAAUGAUGUGAGAUCUUUGUCAGGAGGUGAACGUUCCUUCUCAACAGUUUGUUUCAUUCUUUCUCUGUGGUCCAUUACCGAAUCUCCUUUCAGAUGCUUGGAUGAAUUUGAUGUCUACAUGGACAUGGUUAACAGAAGAAUUGCAAUGGAUAUGAUUCUUAAGGUGGCCGACUCUCAGCGUCAUCGACAGUUCAUUUUGCUCACCCCGCAAAGCAUGAGUUCUCUGCCUACGAGUUCCCAUAUUCGGAUCCUCCGAAUGCAAGACCCUGAAAGAGGCCAAAGAACAUUGAAUUUCCGAAAUAGGAAUGACAAAGAGGAAGAUCAAUAAGUAUCUGUGUGUAUGAGUAUGGCAUGCUAAUAAAGAUAAAUGUGUAAUGGUGUGUGUAAAGUUAUGACUUCCUGAUGCUGGAUAAGAGGAUCUUUUGGUAGAUAAACUGAGGAAAAGAAGAGGUUCCUGUAUUAUUUUAUUCCUUUUUUUUAAAGAAUUACUGUAUGUGUACAGACUGAGAAUAAGUGCAGUUUUGAUGAUGAGAAAAUCCU